AUGCCCAAGGAGAAGAACACGAAGGCGAAUGACGGGGUUAAGCCGCCCACCAAGCGGCAGAGGAAGGAUCGCCGUGAGCGCAAGGAGGUAAUCCCCGCCGGAGGAGAAGCAGCUGGUCCAAGGGUGAGGAACAGCUCAACCAGCAGCAGCUUCUCGUCCAGCGACAGCGAUGAGGAGCCGGAGGGCUCCACCAGGAAGCCGGAUCGUCCGAAGCACUCCUGCUUCCGCCAUCGGCACUAUCACCGCCAUCGGCGCCACCACCACACCUCGCCGCCAUCGCUUUGCCCACGGCGCUCCUCGAAGCGCUCCUCCAGGAAGGUUCCUGCUCCUGCUCAUGUCCAUGGUCAUACUCAUGCUCAUGGUCAUGCUCCGGUGGCCAAGCCAGCUUCCCAGACGUUGCCCAUGGAGCAUCAUCACCGCAAGACGCGCGUGCGCUGCUCCGGUUCCGGCUUGCAGAACCUCGUCCCGGCCACCAGCAGCCACAACCAGGCCGUCUUCCAGUCGAAGACCAUCUCCUCGAUGGGCAAUCCCUCGGAUGGCAAGAUCAAGGUCGGCGGCGCUCGAUCCUCCGGCACAAAGAUACCCCUUGCCAAUGCCAUGGCUAGCAAGUCCUCCAACCAGCUCAAGACCCCGGUGGCCAGCUCCUCUUCGAAAGCUCUGGCAAAGCCUGUUAAUCCCAAUUCGAGCCACUCCACCGUCGGCAAGCCACCGGCACCGAAGGAGCACAGCAAGAAUCCGGAGUCCAGCAAGAUUGGGACGCCCACUGGUCCGGCACCAAAAGGUGCCAGAGGAGGAACCAGAGGAGGAGAAGAAGGAGGAGGCCGAGGAGACCGCAUCGGCAAGCCCACCAUCAGAUUCCGCCAGCCCGUCCGCAGACAGCGGAUAGAUGACAGCGAAGUCCAGCCAGUCCCAGAUACAAAUAACGGCGAAGUCCAGCCAGUCCCAGAUGAGAAGGAAUCUUAA